AUCAAUCGUCUGCAUAUCUGUAGCAAAAGAGCACAUCACUCAGGAAGCGUUUGUUACGCGACCAUAACACGAUCUCCACACUGAAGACAUUGUGAAAAAGUUAAGCGUUGAUACGAAGUUGUUUUGCUUCGUUACGACGUCGAUGCAUGCUCUGCAAACAUGUUUGUAACGAUUUAUUACGGAGAUCAGAAGUCGCUGCUGGUCAACCCAAGCUGUUCCGUGGUAAACCUACUGAACUCGAUCAAAGAGCGCUGCGGUUAUGGCGAUAGCGAUAGAGUUCUGGACUUGAGCGACGAAACAGGUAAAUUAUCAUAAUGGCUUUAGCUGAAGGUUUAACAGUAAACAAUCUUAAACGGCAAGUUGAAGGCAAUUCAGAGAGGAUUUAAAAGCAUCGAUAGACAUCCGUGAUGAAUGACUGAUUUAAUUCAAAUUCAAAUAAGGAAGCGUUUAGAUGAAUAUUUCCGAAUAGUACAGCGAGAAAGUUGAUUGAAAAUGCGCCAAAACCGAAAGUUUACUUUGGUUCAACUUUCAUCUGUUCGUUUAAUUUUAUUUGUUUGGGUUAAGCUGCAACAAGUUGGCUCAUUUCGAACGAAAUCCGUGAGGUAAUUCGAGCAAAAAAGUAUGACUUUAAAAUGACCUUAGCGUUAGAUCAAUUCUGAUCCUUGAAAAAAAUGGUUCUAGAGAGACGUUACGGUAAAUAACUGUGAAUUUUUUUCCAAAAAAACUUAAAAACUGAAGAAGAAGCGGAAAACUAAAAGGAACUAUAUCGAUUACGAAGAGACUCUACGGUUUUUUACAGACAACAUAAAUGUCAGAUUUUGAAUUUCGCUUUAAAUGCAAUUACUGAAGCAUGUCACGAAUUUGCGGUUUCCUUGUUAGGGAAAUUUAAGUAGACAUGUUAUUGUCCUCUCUGUUUUUAGAAGCUUUUUUCAUGGGCCAUCAACCUGAAAAUUAACAAGCUAUAAAACCACUUUGCUUUUUUUUUCCUACCAAGAGACGAUCUGAAGCGUCUGGCACGGGCACUAAACCUAUUCUUCAUUAAAAGGGAUGGUAAAUCUUGUUUAUUUUCUGAGACAAGAUCUUCGCAGACCCAUAAAAUUGCUAUGGAGACGUGUAAUUUUACCCAUUGGGCUUCAGUCAGAGUUCACGAACUAUCCUACUUAACAUCAGAAAACAACAACGCAAAAAAAACAAACAAACAAACAAAUAACAACCAGAUGAAAUACUUAUAACUUGACUUAGACUUCCAAUAAAACUUUCUACGCCAGCUGAAAUUUAGAUUAACAAAAUCAGAGCUAUAUCGUUCGCGGAAAAAUCGUAAAUAGCAAGUUCAACCGGCUUUAAUUUUGAAUGAUUCAUAAUGUCAAUAGAGCCACAAAUACUUUUCAUUACUGCUUCAGGUCAAGCUAAUUAUAUUUCCCUUCGUUAGUGCAAUAGGCUUGGCAGUCUUUCAACUGUUUGCUCAAUAAUUUUUCUGUAAUCACAAUAAACGCUAACCUAAUACACGAUGCGCGAAAGAAGGGAUUAUCCAUGCAAAGAAGACAAAAUCCCAGAUUAUCUGAACAAAUAACCAAUUAUUUCCCACGGCACUUUCAGCGACAAAAAGCAGACUUAGCAAUUAACUGUUAAUGGCUUUGGCUAAUAUCGGCGAAUUGUAGAAGUGGCAAUUAAAAGCUUCAGACUAAACGCAUAAAUUAACAUGAUGGCUUCCAGUGAAGUAUUCUUAAAAGGCAAGAUAAGAAGAAUUCGCCGCGCGUUUACAACUCACAAGCAUGGACGUACGCACCUAUCGAAACACAGCUUUAAUAACAAAUUAACUCUUAAUGCAUUCAUGGAAUGAGCCUUUACAAAGAGUCAAACGAAAGACAAUUAAAAAUUAGCCGCAGAUAUGACUCCGUCCAAAAUACGCGAGAAAAUUUUGAAAAAGGAAACUUUAUUUCCACGAUUUAGGCCUCUUGUCCAAACCAGAAGCUUAAUUGUGACGUACACUCCCAGACAUAAUUAAAGAGGAAACUUGUCCAAAACGACGUUCAUGAUGUUCUUUCGCUCCUUCUUCUCUUUACGAGAGGGGCCGGGGAGCCAGUAAGUCUUCCAACAAUAUAUUUGAGAGUGUAGGUUAUAAGUUAUAAACAACACCGCUGACAUCACUGCUCUUUGUAUUUUUUUGGCGAGAAAAAAUCUCAUGCGAAUACAGUUUUUUCACAGGGCUGGAAUUUAUCAGGGCAAUUGAGUGUCCCAAAACCAAAACCCAAGUAAUCGCAGCAAUCAAUCAGAACAAAGGUUAACAUCAAUGAGAACUCAAGUUAAAACUGGCAACCUGCUUGAAGCGCGGGAAACGCGAGUGACGAAGAUAGGAUUGGUUUUAGUCUUAUAUUUGAUUGGUUGAGAUGGUGGCACAAGUUUUUCUGGGCCAAUCACAGAGCAAAGUAAAGAAAAACCGAAACAAUCCAGAGUCAUGUUUGAUACUCAAUUGAAAACUGCUUUCAUUGAACUCUGAAAUUUUUCUAAUUUAUGUUGACGAAUCUUCCGUGUACAAAACAUCAACAUCUGUUUCACAGUGUUUCCCAGUGUCAACCCCUCUGUGUUUCGCUAAAAACGUCUAACAAUCUUUUCUUGCUCUCUAUUUUUACCAGGUCUUGUCUUAGAUCUCAGCAGCCACAAAAACGAUUACGCGAGUAAGUACCUCGCAUCCAAAGGCUUCUACGUCCUGGUAGAGAAACGGACCAUGCCAUCACCUUCGAAUGACCCAAACGAAUCAGGGCUCCCGCAAGAAGUCCAGUAUGUACCUUUGCUACUAAGACCCAACGAAACAUUUCAAGGUUACAAAGCUAGAGUUGCCGAGAGGAACAUGGGUCGAGAUGAAACAUCACAAACGAGCAGGAACACAGCAAGCAGAGGUAAACGAGUAAGACUGAGAGCGCGAAAGAGUAUAGUAGAGGCAAGUUAACGCAGGACAACAGAUUCUGAUGACGGAGUCUUUCUCUGUUUACCCUAACAGUAACGAUUCAAGUGAGAUAUUCUUUGAGAGGUCAUCGCGUCCUUUUUAAGUUAAAAAUUGUAAAGUAAUACGGAUAAAACUGUGACUUGAGUUUUAAAGUUAUUUUUUUAAUUGUAAAAAGUGUACACUAACAUGUGUUUGUAAAUUAAGAGAAAUUUCUGAGUUAAGUCGUAAUAUAUUAACGCAAGGACC